AAACAAGAAAAGCCUGAGGUCAGAGCAGUUCUGGCUGCUCAGCAGGACUGCCCAGGAGGGGCGGGGUCCCGCGAUGGGGGCGGGGAGAAGGAAGGACCGGACCAGGCACCAACCCCCGGUGGGGCUUGCACCAGGAAGCGCUGGGGGGAGAGGAGCGGAGUUGAGACUGAAGCCAGGAUGGUGGUGUCCUCGCUGAAGCUUCAGGAGCUAAUCCAGGAGAUUCGUGAGGCCAAGACCCAGGCCCAGGAGCGGGAAGUGAUCCAGAAGGAGUGCGCCCAUAUCCGGGCCUCCUUCCGCGAUGGGGAUCCUCUGCACAGGCACCGCCAGCUGGCCAAACUGCUCUACGUCCACAUGUUAGGCUACCCCGCCCACUUUGGACAGAUGGAGUGCCUGAAACUGAUCGCCUCCCCCAGGUUCACAGACAAGAGGGUGGGCUACCUGGGGGCCAUGCUUCUACUGGAUGAAAGGCAGGAUGCCCACCUGCUAAUUACCAACAGCAUCAAGAAUGACCUGAGCCAGGGGAUUCAGGCCAUACAAGGCCUGGCCCUGUGCACUCUAAGCACCAUGGGCUCUGCUGAGAUGUGCCGGGACCUGGCCAAUGAGGUGGAGAAAUUGCUCCUGCAACCUAGCCCCUACGUGCGCAAGAAGGCUGUUUUGACUGCAGUGCACAUGAUCCGGAAGGUCCCCGAGCUCUCCAAUCUCUUCCUCCCACCCUGUGCCCAACUGCUUCGGGAACGCCACCAUGGCAUCCUGCUGGGCACCAUCACGCUGAUCACGGAGCUCUGCGAACGAAGCCCUGCAGCUCUCAAGCACUUUCGAAAGGUGGUGCCCCAGCUGGUGCACAUCCUCCGGAGUCUGGUGACGACGGGAUACUCCACAGAACACAGCAUAUCUGGAGUCAGCGACCCCUUCCUACAGGUCCAGAUACUUCGUCUGCUUCGGAUUCUGGGUCAGAACCACGAGGAGAGCAGUGAGACCAUGAAUGACUUGCUGGCCCAGGUAGCCACAAACACGAACACCAGCCGAAAUGCGGGCAGCGCAGUCCUCUUUGAGACGGUCCUCACCAUCCUGGACAUUCGCUCAGCAGCAGGCCUGCGGGUUCUAGCUGUCAACAUUCUUGGCCGCUUCCUGCUCAACAGUGACAGGAACAUUAGGUACGUAGCGCUGAUGUCCCUGCUGCGGCUGGUGCAGUCUGACCACAGCGCUGUGCAGCGGCACCGGCCCACCGUGGUGGACUGUCUGCGGGACCCCGAUGCUUCCCUCAGCCGGCGGGCCCUGGAACUGAGCCUGGCUCUGGUGAACAGCUCCAAUGUGCGAGCCAUGACCCAGGAGCUGCAGGGCUUUCUGGAGUCCUGCCCCCCUGAUCUGCGGGCCACCUGUGCCUCAGGCAUCCUGCUGGCGGCUGAGAGGUUUGCCCCAUCCAAGCGGUGGCACAUAGACACCAUCCUGCAUGUACUGACAACGGCAGGCGCCUAUGUGCGUGAUGAUGCGGUAGCCAACCUGACCCAGCUGAUUGGGGGUGCCCAGGAGCUCCACGCCUACUCUGUGCGCCGCCUCUACAGCGCACUGGCCAAGGACAUCUCUCAGCAACCGCUGGUGCAGGUGGCAGCCUGGUGCAUUGGGGAAUACGGGGACCUCCUGCUGGAGGGGAGCUGUGAGGAAGCUGAGCCCCUGCAGGUGGAGGAAGAGGAGGUGUUGGCAUUGCUGGAAAGGGUGCUGCAGUCUCACAUGUCCCUGCCAGCUACCCGAGGAUAUGCCCUGACAGCCCUCAUGAAGCUCAGCACCCGGCUCCGUGGGGACAACAACCGCAUCCGCCAGGUGGUGUCCAUCUACGGGAGCUGCAUGGACGUGGAGCUGCAGCAGCGUGCGGUGGAAUACAACACUCUCUUCCGGAAGUACGACCACAUGAGGGCUGCCAUCCUGGAAAAGAUGCCUCUUAUGGAGCGAGGUGGCCCUCAGGUCGAUGAGAAAGCAAAGGAAAGCGAAGAAGAAGAAGCGGCCCCUAACCCCACAGAGCCCCAGGCCUCGAAGCUCCUGGAUCUCUUGGAUCUCCUGGAUGGCCCUUCUGCAGAUGCCCACCACCCUCCCCCUCUGGAUCCCACCCCAGGAGGCACUUUAAUAAAUCUCCUGGACCUUCCUUGUGCUCCCCCACCCCCUGCUCCCAUCCCAAAUCUCAGAGUGUUUGAGCGUGAGGGACUACAGCUGAAUCUGUCUUUCGUUCGACCCCCUGGAACCCCUGCUUUGCUGUUAAUCACUGUCACAGCCACCAAUACCUCAGCGGGUGAUGUCACCCACUUCAUCUGCCAGGCCGCUGUGCCCAAGAGUUUCCAACUACAGCUACAGGCCCCUAGUGGGGACACAGUUCCAGCUCAGGGUGGCCUUCCGAUGACGCAGCUCCUCAGAAUCCUCAACCCUAACAAGGCCCCCUUGCGGCUGAAGCUGCGCCUCACCUACAACCACUUUGGCCAGUCGGUGCAGGAAAUCUUUGAGGUGAACAACUUGCCUGUGGAGACAUGGCAGUAACUCUGCCUCCACUCACAGUAUGAAGUCUUCCUAAGAACCCAAACCACAGGGGCCCCAGCUACCUGGAGGCACAUCUGAGCGCUACCAGCAGGUGGCGCUCUGGUCCUGUGCUUGCCACUGCAGAACCUGUUGGGGGCUCCCCCUCAACCUCACAAAUAAUAAAGCCUGAGGAGGGAAAACCA